UUGACAGCUUGGAGGGACUAAUCUGACAAAGGCACUGGUGUAAAUCAACAACAGCAAAACACUGUGGAUAUCAGCAAACAGGACUGUUGUUGGGGCCUCGGGAGAGAAAGAAAAAGAAAACACACACACACACACACACACACCGGGACUUUCCCUGAAUUUCGGGCGACUGCAUGAGAAAAAGAGUUGGGAGGACGCACGGGCAAAAGGGCAAGAGGAAGACACCGAGGAGGUGAGUUUACCCUCGGAGGGGUAAAAAGAUGACUGUGGUGUCCCAGGAGAACCACGACGAGACUGUGCUCGUUACCCCUUUAUUACAAGAUGCUGCAGACGUGGAACCAGCGGAGCAGGAGUGCAGCGAGAGGGUGGUCGUCAACAUCUCAGGUCUGCGCUUCGAGACGCAGUUAAAGACCCUGUCCCGCUUCCCGAACACGCUUUUGGGAGACCCGCGUAAAAGGAUGCGUUUCUUUGACCCGCUGAGAAAUGAAUACUUCUUUGACAGGAACAGACCGAGCUUUGACGCCAUCCUCUAUUAUUACCAGUCAGGGGGGAGGCUCCGGAGACCCGUGAGUGUGCCUGUGGAUAUUUUCCUGGAGGAAAUAAAGUUUUACGAAAUUGAGGAAGAGGCCGUGGAACUUUUCAAAGAAGACGAGGGCCUGGCGAGGGAAGAGGACCGCCCUCUGCCCGAGAACGAGUUUCAGCGCCAGUUCUGGCUUCUGUUUGAGUAUCCGGAGAGUUCAGGACCCGCGCGGAUAAUUGCCAUUGUGUCAGUUAUGGUUAUUUUGAUAUCCAUUGUGAUAUUCUGCUUAGAGACACUACCCGAGUUCAGAGAAGUCCCCUACGUGCCGGAGAUCGUCAACGGAAGUGCUCAAGGCAAAGCGCCCAGCCCGUUCACGGAUCCAUUUUUCAUGGUAGAGACACUUUGCAUUGUGUGGUUCAGUUUCGAGUUCACUAUGAGGUUCCUUUCGUGUCCCAGUAAACCCGCUUUCUUUAAGAACAUCAUGAACAUUAUCGAUGUUGUGGCCAUAGCGCCAUAUUUCAUCACGCUGGGCCUUGAUCUGGCAGAGCACCAGGGGAGCAGUCAGCAGGCUGCGUCUCUGGCCAUACUGAGGGUCAUCCGUCUGGUCCGUGUUUUUAGGAUUUUUAAACUCUCCAGACACUCCAAGGGUCUCCAGAUUCUGGGCCAAACGCUUAAUGCGAGCCUCAGGGAGCUGGGACUGCUCAUAUUCUUUCUGCUCAUCGGAGUGGUUUUAUUCUCCAGCUCGGUGUAUUUUGCAGAAGCAGAAGACCCACAGUCUGGAUUUUCAAGUAUACCUGACGCGUUCUGGUGGGCUGUGGUGACAAUGACCACAGUUGGUUAUGGAGACAUGUGUCCCUCCACCAUUUGGGGGAAAUUCGUCGGAUCGUUGUGCGCCAUCGCCGGAGUACUAACCAUAGCUUUACCAGUCCCUGUUAUAGUGUCCAAUUUCAAUUAUUUUUACCACAGAGAGAACGACGAAGAGGAAAACGUCCAGUACGUACACGUGACUUGUGGACAGCCACAACUCCGCUUUGAUGAAGGCUGUUCAAUCAAAAGUAGCCUGUCGCUCUCUAAAACGGAGUCCUUUCAGGAAAGCGAUGAGCAGGACACUGUAACACAUCCAAACACAAACCCAUUCGACGCGUACACGGGGAAAUUGACAGAUGUGUAAAGAAGAGAUGUGUUAUUUUUCUUUCCUGGAGGCAGGAUGAAUAAGUGAAGCUCGUUGUGUUCAGAGUCCCAGCAAAAACACAAACGCUGUGGCCUUGUCUUCCUCUCGAUCAUAUUGGAUCGGUUUCUCAUGGAUUAUUCUCGCGUUGCCAGUGAUGUAGCCAACAGAGACCUCGCAGUUUGAGACACCGCAAGAGGACAUUGUGUGCAUCAGCAGUAGAACGUCAACAUUCUUUAGUGAAGGCUUCAUCAAUGACCACCCUUGUGUACAUAAACUGCCUUUUUCUUUUUGUAAACCUGAACUUUUCUUAUGCAGCGUAUGAAUGCAACUACUAUGUCUGUGUUGUUACAAUCAUUCACAGCCAAACACGCAUACAGUGCAAUGUCUGCAUGACAGAAAGUCAUUAUGAUUUGUUACAGUGUAAUAAAAUAUUUAUUUUUUUCUAAUUUAAACAUGUAUGUGAACUUAACUUAAUCCUUUUUUAUGAAUAAAUUAUGA